AUGUCUAAAUAUCGUGAAUAUAACACGCUAAUCUUCUACGUGAACGGUCACCGUAUCAAAGAGGAUCGUGUCGACCCGAAGACCACGUUGGCCACUUACUUGCGUGACCACUUACAUUUAACGGGGACGAAAAUUGGCUGCAAUGAAGGAGGAUGUGGGGCGUGUACCGUAAUGAUCAGUGAGAUCAAUAUCUCCAACAAUAAAAUAAGGCACUACUCGGCCAAUGCCUGCCUGCUGCCAAUAUGCGCUGUUUUCGGAAAAGCGGUCACCACGGUCGAGGGGAUUGGCUCAGUUGUCAACAAGAAGCUGCAUCCAAUACAAGAACGAUUGGCAGCUCAUGGCUCACAAUGCGGUUUCUGUACACCUGGUUUUGUGAUGGCAAUGUAUGCAUUGCUGAGAAAUAAUCCCAUUCCUACAGAAGCCGAUAUCAACGAAGCAUUACAAGGAAAUCUAUGUCGAUGUACGGGUUAUCGACCUAUUCUCGAAGCGUUUUACAGUUUUGCCGUAAAAGAUGAUGCGAUCGUCAACGGCAAUGGUUGUGAGAUGGGCGACAACUGUUGCAAGGUAACAAAAAACGGACACUGUAGUGAUAAGAAAAUUAAACUCGUCGACCUUUCACACGUGGCAUCCUACGAUCCCUCUCAAGAGAUAAUCUUUCCGCCCGAAAUUCAAUAUACAAUCUGUUUUAGUGCUCUACUUAAAUUGAAACGACUUCAUCCCUACGCACGUUUCAUAUCUGGAAAUUCGGAAUUGGCAGUCGAAUUAAAGUUUCGUUUCAUCGAGCUGAAAAUCGUUAUCAAUCCUCGUCAGGUAAGCUCUGUGGCCGAUCUACACGAGGUGCGACAAGAAAGCACUGGUGUUUAUAUGGGAGCUGGCCUCAGUCUUACGGAAGUCGACAACUGGCUUCUACACUAUAUGAAGAACUUACCUGUGGAGCAAUGUGGCGUCUUCAGAGCUGUGCAUAAAAUUAUGCAUUGGUUUGCAGGCAAACAUGUGAGAAAUGUGGCGUCGAUAGCCGGAAACCUCGUCACCGCGUCUCCCAUCUCCGACUUGAAUCCCAUAUGGAUGGCUUCGAGAGCAAAGGUUAUUCUGGAGUCCGAAGAACGUGGUGUUCGUCAUCUGGUGAUUGACGAGCACUUCUUUCUGUCCUACAGAAAGUCGGCUAUCGAAACAGAUGAGGUGGUAAAAGCGAUACUCAUUCCAUUUACCAAAGAGAACCAGUUCUUCAAAGUCUACAAACAAGCGCAACGCCGUGAAGAUGACAUCGCUAUCGUCACCGGCGCUUUUAACGCUGUCAUUGAUCCGAAGACACUUGUUCUUCAAGAAAUGCGAAUCGCUUUCGGUGGAAUGGGUCCAACAACGAAACUCGCUUCGAACACUAUGCAACAACUGCAAGGAAAAUGGGACCAGUCGUUGCUUGACGAAGGUCUCGAACUGCUUACCAAUGAGUUUUCUCUUCCACCUGGCGUUCCUGGCGGAAUGGCACGCUAUCGGCAGGCACUCACACUCAGUCUUUUCUUGAAGUUCUUUCUAGACGUGAUCGAAGAAAUUAGCGAUCGGUGCGAAUUUACUUCUAUCGGACAAGCCAUUCCAGAAGGAAUCCAAUCGACACAAGUUUAUCAGCAAGUUCCAGUCGAUCAGCCUCCACAUGAUCCUGUGGGUCGGGCAAUUCCACACGUUUCCGGGGUGAAGCAUGUUACCGGAGAGGCGGUUUAUUGCGGUGAUAUGCAACUAGCAAAUUGUCUGCACAUGGCGUUUGUUAUGUCCCCGAUUGCUUCGGGUACUCUUGAAAUCGUGGACCCUUCGGAUGCGCUUGAAAUGGAUGGUGUCGUCGACUUCAUUGGAGCCAGUGAUGUGCCUGAAGGCGCCAAAAUCGGCCACAUGAACGAUACACCAAUUUUUGUGAAAGACAAGAUAACCUAUCAUGGCCAACCUAUCGGUGCGAUUAUUGCUGUUGAUCACGAAACUGCUCGUCGUGCUGCAAGUGCCGUCAAGUUGAAAUUCAACAGAGAAAAGGCCAUCAUUUCCAUUGAGGAUGCAAUCGAAUCGGACUCCUACCUUGGACGGCCACUUGCUAUUCAUUCUUCAUUACUUGAAAACGAUUUUGUUGCGCAACACGAUUGGAGUGGAUACGAUCAUGUGGUUGAAGGAGAAAUAAGGACGGGAGGACAAGAACACUUCUAUCUCGAAACAAGCAACUGUAUUGUUAUUCCCCAUGAGGACGAUGAAAUGGAAAUUAUCAUAAGUACCCAAGGAAUAACCGGUGUACAGAUGGAAACCGCGAAAUGUAUUGGCGUGCCUGCGCACAAGAUCGUUGUGAGAGUGAAACGAAUCGGUGGUGGAUUUGGAGGCAAAGAGACCGCUAGUACCUUAAUUUCAGUUCCGGCGGCGAUCGCAGCCAGAAGGUACGUUAUAUUUCUGAAGUCGUUCCGAUACGAUGACAUGGCAAUCACUGGAACAAGGCAUCCGUUUAGAUUUAACUAUAAGGUAGCCGUUGAUAAAUCGGGAAAACUUCGUGACUUCUGUGUGAUCGCCUACAACAACUGCGGUCAUACAUUGGACUUAUCGCAAGGAGUUUUAGAACGGGCCAUGGUGCACAUCGACAACUGUUACAAGUUCCCAAAUGCUGACAUUCACGGGCGAAUGUGUAAGACAAAUUUGUCGUCAAACACCGCUUUCAGAGGUUUCGGUGGUCCACAAGCAAUGUUCUGCACCGAAACACUUAUGAAACACGUGUCUGAGGAGUUGAAUCUGGACCACGAUGAGGUUGUUAUGAAUUUGUAUGCGGAGGGUGAUUGUACACCGUUUGGAAUGCACCUAAGGCAGUGUAAUAUUCGAAGAACUUGGAAUGAAUGCAAGGAGUCGAGCAGCUAUGAACAGCGACUCGAUCUCGUUAGACAAUUUAACAAAGCGAAUAAGUACAGAAAACGCGGAAUUUAUUUGAUGCCUACGAAAUUCGGUGUCGGUUUCGGGUUGAAACACAUGAAUCAGGCUGGGGCUCUUGUAAUGGUUUAUUUGGAUGGAUCAGUGCUUAUUUCUCAUGGUGGUAUGGAGAUGGGCCAAGGACUACAUACUAAGAUUCUUCAGAUCGCUGCACGUGUUUUGGAUAUUCCCAUCGAAAAAGUGCACAUAAACGAGACGGCUACGGAUAAAGUCCCUAAUACUUCACCUACGGCCGCUUCUGCGAGUAGCGAAAUGAAUGGCCUCGCAGUCCAGGACGCGUGUAACAAAUUGCUAAAGCGUCUCGAACCUUUCAAAAAGUCAAAUCCGUCCGGUAAAUGGGAGGAUUGGGUACAGCAGGCCUACGCGGAACGCUCUUCACUAUCUGCUACUGGAUAUGGAAUAAUUCAUUGCGAGAACGUAGAUUUCUUCAAUGGAAAAGGUGCUGAGUUGUUCGGCUAUUGUGUUUAUGGUACUGCGUGUUGUGAAGUGGAAGUCGAUUGCUUGACUGGUGAUCAUCACCUUUUACGCACCGAUAUUGUGAUGGACAUCGGAGAUUCCCUGAAUCCUGCCGUGGACAUUGGUCAAAUCGAAGGAGCGUUCAUUCAGGGCUACGGAUUAUUUACCAUGGAAGAGAUUAAAAUCCGUCCGGACGGAAUACGACUCACUCGAGGUCCAGGUGCUUAUAAAAUUCCAUCUGCAGACGAUGCUCCACGUGUUUUUAAUGUACGCCUUCUCAAAGGAUCAAGUAAUCGCAUGGCAAUUUUUUCAUCUAAGGCGGUCGGUGAGCCACCGCUAUUUCUUGGUGCCUGUGCAUUUUUUGCUAUUCGAGAGGCUGUGCGAUCAUUUCGCCUCGACCAUGGUCUCAACGGUUAUUUUCGUUUUGACGCACCGGCCACUCCAGAACGCAUUCGUAUGGCUUGUGAGGAUGAGAUUCUGAAAAAAGUACCGAAAUUGCCAGAAAAGGGCACAUACACUCCAUGGACGGUCAUACUUUAA